AUGCCAGACGAAGCAGAACAAACCGAUCCAGUCGACUCUGUGAAGACUUACACCAAAUGGCAAAAAAUUAUCUGGCUUUGCGCUAUGAUUGGCCUACUAUUAACGUUUAUAUUGUUUACGGUUUUGAUCGGGCAUUUUAGUAAGGAUUUGGCUGCUUGGUCGCAAAGAAAGUGGGUUUUUAUUGUUUUUUAGAUUACCAUACUCUACUAUACGCUAUUUUACCUUACCCUUCUCUAUCUACAAUAUUAAAGUUUAUUUUAUAUAUUGCUGUAGGGUGUCAAUCAAAACCAUUUUGCUGUGGAACGAGCCUUGUAAAACGUGUGGUCAAAUUGGCUAUGAUAAUGGUACAGAGUUUGCCGACUUGUUAUAUGAAACGUGUGGCAAAAAGUGCAUUUUUGUAUCAGAUUGGGCCAUACAAAACUCUAGUGAUGCUGUUAUUGUGUUUCCUAGAACAAUCGAAAGUAAGACUAUCCUAAAUCACUUCUUUAAGCAAGGCUAUAUAGUGCUAGGACUAAAACAGAAAGACAGAGACAAGCACAGGGACAGGGACAGUGACAAGGAAAGAAACAGGGACAGGGACAGGGACAGGGACAAGGAAAGAAACAGGGACAGGGACAGGGACAGGAACAGUCCUUCUUCUUAUCUUCGUUCUAAGGCUGAGGCUGCGGUUGAGACUGAGGCUGUGGCUGAGGCUGAGGCUGAAGCUGAACUUGGGGCUGCAGCUGAGGCUCGGGCUAGUUGCAGUUAAUAAAAACAUAAUUUUAGAUGUGAACAAUGUUUAUCCAAACAAAAGCUUUUCGACUCAAAAAUUGAUUUUGUUUGAGAAAGAACCCCCGUCCAAGGAUGUUAUUCAAAAGGCUUCAAACACGUGAGUUACCUGAUGUUAUCUUCAUUAGCAAAACCGAGCCAAAAUACGCCUAAAUAACAGCGAAAUCAAGCCUAACUAGGCUUAGAGACCUUAAAUUCAAAUAUUAAAAAAAAAACCUUUUCAGCGUCCCCGACGGCACUUUCAACUGGAUAGCAUCCUACGUCUCAGACGCAGAUAUUAUUUUACCGUACGGUAAAUUAGUGAAACGGUUACCGCCGUACAAGCACGAUGCUGAUUUUAAAGAUGAUCUACUGGACAUUAUUAAUAGAAAAACUGAAGGAAUAUUUGCUUAUACUGCUAAUUGUAAUAGCAGCACUGUGAAGGACAGAAUUGUGGAGGAAUUUAAAAAGUUGGUUUAUGGAAAAUUUUUUAAAUUUUGAGAUCUUGUGUGUACAGAUGAAUUUUAGAUUUUUUUAGGCUUAAAAAGUCAUUUUAGGUUUAAAAUGAAAUUUCAGGUUCAAAAAUGAACUUUUAAGCUUAUAAAUAAAUGUUAAGCUCAAAAAUAAGUUUUAGGCUUAAAAUGAAAUUUAGGCUAAAAAUAAAUUUUAGGCUUAAAAAUGAAAUUUUAAAAUUAAAAAUAAAUUUUAGUCUUAAAAAUAAGCCUUAGACUUAAAAACGAACUUUUAGGCUUAAAAAUUAAUGUUAAGCUUAAAAACGAGUUUUAGGCUUAAAAAUGAAUUUGCAGAUACAUCAACGUAGACCUAUAUUCAAAGUGCGGUAAUAUGUCGUGUGAUAGCAAAUGUUUCAAACAAAACUUGAAAAAGUAUCGAUUUUACAUUGCUUUUGAGAGUAACGUAUGUGAUGACUAUGUGACAGAAAAGUUCUUCCGAAUCGACAACAAAAUUGUACCAGUAGUACUGCGUCGAAAAGACUACGACGAGGUUGGGGCUAAUCAUAGCUUCAUUGCUUUGGAUGAUUUUGAGUAAGAUAUUUUGCUGCACUAGCCCUAGCUUUAGCUCUAGCUCUAAACCUAAAGAGCUUUUAAUGAUGUUAUCUUAUAGAGACAUGCCAUCUCUAGCCUCGUACCUAGACAGCUUAAUGCUAGAUGAUACAAAAUACAUGGAAUAUUUUGAAUGGUCAAAAACUUACAAGAAAAUCACUCAACCUUUACAUUACUCACUGUGCACUGUAUGCGAUUAUAUACACGAGCCAACGCGUAGUCGAUCAGUACUGGGAGAACAAAGCUUUUCCGACUGGUACAGUGCCAAAAGGCGAUGUGACUUGGAAUUUAUCGACAAAUAUUUCGACUCUUCUCAAGGCAGAAAUACUGAUUUGUGA